UUGUUUUUUACACAUUUAAUACUUGCAGAGCAGAGCUUCCUCGCCAAUGGCAAGUCCGGUUGCAGACAUAGGACAGUCUCAUCAGCAUCACCCUGUGACCGAGUCGGCCGCAGACUCCGCUUUUCAAGAGGCGCAGAAAUGGAUCGAGGCUGUGACAGGAAGAUGCUUUGGUGACAAAGACUUCAGAGGAGGGUUGGAGAAUGGGAUACUGCUGUGCGAGUUGCUAAGCUCAAUUAAACCUGGCCUGGUGAAGAAAAUCAACAGACUUCCAACACCUAUAGCUGGCCUGGACAACCUGAGUGUGUUUCUGCGCGGCUGUGAGGAGUUAGGACUGAAGGGCUCUCAGCUGUUUGACCCUGGAGACCUGCAGGACACGUCAACACGCCCCACCGCCAAGGGAAGUGACUGCAACCGAAAGCUAAAGAAUGUUCUAAUCACCAUCUACUGGCUGGGUCGAGCUGCCAACGGCUGUACCUCCUACAACGGGCCCACGCUGGACCUGAAAGAGUUUGAGGGCCUGCUGUCACAGAUGCGAAAGGAGGUGGAGGAGGCAGAGAGCCCUAAACGUAGCAUCCGGGACAGUGGCUACAUCGACUGCUGGGACUCCGAACGCAGCGACUCCCUCUCCCCGCCACGCCACGGCCGCGAGGACUCGUUCGACAGCCUGGACUCCUUCGGCUCACGCUCACGACAGACCCCGUCGCCAGACGUCCUGGUCGCCCGCGGCAGCAGCGAUGGCCGCGGCAGUGACUCAGAGUCCGACGGCGCCCCCCACCGGAAGAUGCCAGACGUCCGUAAAGACGACAUGUUGGCGCGGCGGACCUCAGUCAGCGAGCCCCGGACCGCCAUGCCUUUUAACCAGUACCUGCCCAAUAGGAGCAACCAGAGUGGAUAUUUGCCAAACCCGCUCCGCAAGAAGAAGAGCGACAAAGACGAGGGAGGACGCAAGAGCUGGAGUACAGCCACUUCACCUAUAGGGGGAGACAGACCUUUCAGCACUCCAGCUCGCUCGUGCUCAGAGGAACUCUUCCACCAUCCGUCGACCCUAGCGGCAAACGCCACAGCAGCAUCUGUGGUCGCGACAAGCCCCGUCAACACACCUGGGAAACAUCCACCUGUUCCAGAGAGAGAGAAGGCCGGGGCGAGGAAGGGUGACGUCGGCGCUCCAUUACUCGCAGAUGCAGAGCGAGAUGAUAAGCGGGCCCGUCGUGCGCUGACGCCACCCAAACACAUCAGCAUCCCGAGCCCAUCCCACUUCCUUCCUGUGCCCGCUGCCGUGGCAACCGCUACAGCUGCACCGACGGAUACAGGACGUCGGAAGGGAAGGGCGCUGAGUGAAAGUGACAACCUGCAAGGAGGGACAUCUUGGUUGGACAGCAAUCCUCCAGCAACAUUCAGCCACACAGAUAGUGUGUCAGGUGACCCACAGAGUGUGAGUAUGAUCGACAUGCGUAGCGAGGAGGAGGCCAUGUUGCAGCCCCACAGUCAGGUGCGUCAUGAACUGAUGCACAACCAGUACAACAGGUUGAAGGAAGAGGAGGAUCACUGGCAGGAUGACCUGGCCCGAUGGAAAAACAGACGGAGGAGUAUUUCCCAGGAUCUGAUCAAGAAGGAGGAGGAGAGGAAAAUGAUGGAGCAUUUGUUGACAGGAGAUGGCUGUAUCUCCCAAAGGAGGAGGAGCAUCAAAACCUACAGAGAGAUAGUGGAGGACAAGGAGCGUCGAGAGGAGGAGCUGCGGUUGGCUUACAGGAGGGCCAGAACCCCGGAGGAGGCGACUGUCAUCCUCAACCGUUACGCCCAGCGUUUCUCCAUCAGCGAGUCAGUGCUGGAACGCCUGCAGCUGCCAAAGCUCCUGGACCGCAGCAUAUCCGCUGACCCUUCCUUCCCUACAUCACCCUUAUCACUCUCCCUUUCCCUGUCCUCCUCCCCGACGACCCCAGAUCCCUUUGAUAUGGACCCUAACGGGCCCUUGAAGUAUCUGCGGCAGCAGUCCGCCCCAGCUCCAAAGUUCACAUCUACACUGGAGGCGCGAAUCGAGGAGUUUCCCAAAGACUCGUCCACACACCCGCGGCACCAGAUUCGCUCACAUUCGUCUGAGCCACCAUCCACCCGAGCCCUGUCACCCAAACCGGUGCCUUUGCUCACGCCCAAGCCUUACAUCCACCACCGGCCCGCAGUGGUUGAACCAUUGUCCAGCAAGGCGGAUGGUUUGCUCCGAGUCAACGGCAACAUAGGAAGUGACGAUGUUCCAACCACACCUGAGAGUCAAGGAAGGGAAUCUCCUCCUCAUUUCCAAGCCUCCCCUUCCAAAACCAGCAACAGCACUGUAGACGUUCCCUCGUCAACAGCCUCGCCCGCACACAGUACACACGCCUCCCCUGGAAGAGGAGGAAGCCCAGUGUCGACAAAGUCCGCAGAGACACCGGGUGGCACAGAGUCGCCAUCUGAAGGCGUCGAAGAAGGGAAAGUCACAGAGCAUUCGACGCCACCGAGCCGGCCCACCUCACUCCCAACGGAAUUGCAGAAACCAGAGGAAAGCUUCGAGAAGAGUGGAGGUCAGACAGCAGCUGCUCCAGAGGAGAAAAAGUCAAAUGCUGCAGAUCAACAAACAGCACCUGCAGAAACACAUCAAAAACAAGAGAAGAUUGAGCAAAACAUCUCCAAUCUUGCCCAAUCAGAGGUCAGCACACACGAAAGUCAGCCAGUAACUUCACAGAUCUGCAGUUCUCUGGAGUGGUCUCAGAGAAAGGAGAUUGUACAGAGCGUCACUGCUUCGGCAUCAUCUGGAUACGACCUGCCAAGUGAAACAACAGAAGACUUUGCAAACAGUGUCAGGUCUCCGUCUGCAACCAGCAACCCUAAGUUACGCUGGGACUUCUUCGCUCCAGCAGAGGAAGCAGAGAAGGAUCGCCGUGGCAACGAGAAGUACCAGCGUGAGCAGGAGAAGCUGAAGGAGGAGUGGGAGAAAGCUCAGAGGGAGGUGGCCGAGGAGGAGAGGAAGUACCAUGAGGAGGAGCGUAGGAUACUGGAGGAGACUGUGGCGCCUCUGACUCCCCGUUCAUCAGCCCUGCCCUCCCCCAGCCGAGGGGAGCUCUCCUCCACCUCGCAGCCUCAGGACGCCAUCGUCCGCUCACUCGCCGACUGGGAACGCAAGCAGGAAAUGUUGGAGAAUCAGUCGAGAGAAAGCACAGAGAGCGUGGAAUGGAAACGAAGAGAAAACGACAGGACCAGUGACAUCAGCACUGCUGACGACAGCAUGAAAACAGGCAGAAGCUCGGUGAGCCAGAGCAGCAGUCAGGUCGAGAUGUUCGGUCACAGUCUGCAGAACGGCCAGAAGCUUCCCUCGGUGCCGGCCAAAACCUCAACUCCUGUCAAGAAACAACAAGAGCUCAAAGCAGACAGCAACAAGCCCAGCCGGCCUUCAGGAGACCGCAGGAGCAGCCCCAUUGAUAAUAACAUGGGCUGCAACUCAUCAAAGCCCCCCGCAGCAUGUCCUCCAACUCCAGACACAGUGCCUCCAGCACCCAAUAGGUCCGUCAGUGGGAAGAAGCUGUGCUCCAGCUGUGGGCAGCCAUUAGGGAAGGGGGCGGCAAUGAUUAUAGAGACCCUCAGCCUCUACUUCCACAUUCAUUGCUUUAAGUGCGGAGUGUGUAAGGGACAGCUAGGCGACACGACCACGGGGACAGACGUCCGAAUUAGGAACGGCCUCCUCAACUGCCACCAGUGCUACAUCCGCUCCCGCUCGGCCGGACAGCCAACCACGUUGUGACGCUCGACAGAAAAGCACAAGGUUCACGGAAGAAAUCUCAUCCCUGUUUAACCAGAUUAUCUGCAAAAUCAUGUCCUUCAAAGCGUGUCGGGGUUUUUUUUUUGCAUCCUCCGCAGCUCAAUAACCAACGAAGAUUCAUCACUUGGGUCAAACAGAGAUCUGUGGACAGUCAAAAAAAAAAGAAAAAAUCUAUUCUUUGUGUGUAUGUCAUCUGAUAUGUGAGUGAAAUGAAUCAAACUCUGGAUUCGAUUGGUCCUCAUAACACCACACAGACUCUAUUAUAUCAUGCAGCAAGAGAGAGAGAGACUGUUUUGGGGGGCAGCGGCCAUUUUAACAAAACAUUUACAGAUGCUUCAAACACAGGAAGGCUCUGUCAACGUCCUGUCGCUCAGGUGUUGAUUAUCAGAUUUUACUUUCCUGGUUUGGAAAAGAAAUGUGAAAAAUUCACCAUUCAGUUCCAUAAAAUGGAAAUGCAGUAUAUCACAGUAACGUAAUCGCUUCUUUUUUUAUCAUUUAAGAAACAUUUUCUUAAUUUGGAGUGAUAGGAAUAAAAAGAUAACCGAAUGUGGCGUCAGGCAGCUCAGAUUGGUAUUUUUUAAUUUCUCAUAACAGGCUGGAUCUGGAAAAAUAUGAAUAAUUUUAUGCCCCUGCAAUGAAGUGUGAGAUUAAAACAAAAUAUUACUAACACAGUUCUUUUAUGAAUAGCAAUAAAGGUCACUAUAAACACACUAUUUAGAUCCACAGAUGAAAUAUAUUCAGAAAAUCCCUAUUUGUUGAACCUUUGGCCCACACAGUGACCUCUUGUGUCUCUCAUUCUGUGCUCAAAAUAAAAUUAGCUUCUGAUAUAAAUACAUAUUAUGAAUGUAGUUUCAUCAUUAGGGCAAUAACAUGACUUGUGAGCUGUUCUCGUGCUUUGGGUCACAUCAGGUUGUUCCUCGCCAGCCUGUCAGCUUGGAAAGUCAGGACUUUAAUGUGCCUUAAGAAAGCAAGGUGAUGCAGGAAAGAAACACCAGCUGUAUGGUGUUUUAUUUCUUUUUUUAUUAUAAUUAUAAUGAUUAUGAUUAUUUUGGGUAGAGGGAGGGAUUUUGGCCAAAUUUUACCUUUUAAACUGCAGACAGACGGGCUGCAGCCCUCCCGUAUACAACGCGCUUUACUUCAGUUGGUAAGUACUUAUUUUCACAUAAACACCCUUUACUUAAUUUCCCACAUGUGACUCCUCUGUGAUUUGCAGUGAUAAAUCCUGUGCAAAGGAAUACAUUUGUUGUCUAUUUGGAAAAGAAAAAAAAACACAGUAUAGAUUAAAUAUAUACUGCAGGGGAAACCAUUGAUUUAAUUUUGAAUGUUGUUUUAUUCUAGGGCAAUAUAGACUUCUGUAUGCUAUUAAUUGAGGUAAUUUUGAUAAUUGCUCAGUGGUAGGAUUCAUUCAUUUAAAAUAAAAAUUAAAAAAAUAAAAAUGAAAUAAAAAAUAAAAACACAAAUAUCACCAAUACAUGUUACAUCUAGUUAAUCAGCAGAGGUUAAUAUUGAACACACAUACCAGCAGUUGCACCUGUGCAAUAUUUGGUUGGAUGAAACUAAAGAUCUGUGCCGCCAGCUGGAUAUUUUUAAGUCACUUGCUUCUUCUUUUUUUUCUGAAAUUGUAUGAGAAGAGCUCGGUUAUGUAUUGUGGAUGUUUAAAAAAAAUGCACGUUUAAGCCUAAAACCAAAUGAUUUGCUCAAUGAAAGCAAACUAGCAGCCUCCUCCUCCUCUUCCUCAACUGCGUCCUAUAGCCAAGCUUUUCCUCCGGGUUCAUUUCUCUGAUCUACAGUAUUUUUAAGCUUCUGUUCUAAUUGUGUGUUUAGUUUUUUUUUUUUUUUCUUCUUUUUUUUAAAUCCUCAUUUAGAUAACAAAUAAAUCUCGGCUGAGUCUCUUAUAGCGGGAUCUUUGAGACGGAGCUCUAUAUUCAGACGGUCUUCUUUAACAUGGAUAGUUGGGGAAUGAAAAACCUUUUACGUCUGUUCUGUAUUUAUUGUAAUAUUCACCUGAACACUAUCCGAAAUAUAAAUACAUUUGAUGUCCAAAUGCGAUGGCAUUGAUAGCAUACUGUAUGUU